AUGGCUGACGGCAUCGACAGACGCGCUGAUGAGCGCAUGGAGUUCAGCACCUCCAAGGAGGUGACGGUGGCGCCGACAUUCGAAGACAUGCACCUGAAAGAGAGCCUUCUGCGGGGUAUCUACGCCUAUGGGUACGAGUCGCCAUCCGCCGUUCAGUCUCGGGCUAUUGUUCAGAUUUGCAAGGGCCGCGAUACCAUUGCCCAGGCUCAGUCUGGUACCGGUAAGACGGCUACUUUCUCGAUCAGUACCCUGCAGGUCAUCGAUACAGUUGUUCGCGAAACACAAGCCCUCGUCCUUUCUCCGACCCGCGAACUUGCGACCCAGAUUCAGUCCGUCAUUAUGGCGCUUGGUGAUUACAUGAACGUUCAAUGUCACGCUUGCAUUGGAGGAACCAAUAUUGGCGAAGAUAUUCGCAAGUUGGAGUACGGUCAACACGUUGUUUCUGGAACGCCCGGUCGUGUUGCAGAUAUGAUCCGUCGCCGACACCUGCGAACCCGUCACAUCAAGAUGCUCAUUCUUGACGAAGCUGAUGAACUCUUGAAUAAGGGUUUCCGGGAGCAGAUUUACGACGUCUACCGUUAUUUGCCCCCUGCGACGCAGGUUGUGGUUGUCUCUGCCACAUUACCCUAUGAUGUGUUGGACUUGACCACCAAGUUCAUGACGGAUCCCGUGCGUGUGCUUGUCAAGCGUGACGAGCUGACCCUGGAAGGAAUCAGGCAGUACUUCAUCGCCGUGGAGAAGGAAGAGUGGAAAUUUGAUACUCUCUGUGAUCUUUACGACACAUUGACAAUCACCCAAGCAGUCAUUUUCUGCAACACCCGCCGCAAGGUCGAUUGGCUGACGGACAAGAUGCGCGAGGCCAACUUCACAGUCUCGAGCAUGCAUGGCGAGAUGCCACAGAAGGAACGUGACAGCAUUAUGCAAGACUUCCGUCAGGGCAAUUCACGAGUUCUGAUCUCCACAGACGUCUGGGCUCGCGGUAUCGAUGUCCAGCAAGUCUCUCUUGUUAUCAACUACGAUCUUCCCACGAAUCGUGAGAAUUACAUCCACCGUAUUGGUCGCAGUGGUCGAUUUGGUCGCAAGGGUGUGGCCAUCAACUUUGUCACCAGUGAUGAUGUUCGUAUUCUGCGUGACAUUGAGUUGUAUUAUUCAACUCAGAUCGACGAAAUGCCCAUGAACGUUGCGGACCUUAUCUCGUAG